AUGAAGACUAAAACCAAAGGAAAGAAGCAAAGGCACACUGACAAAGAAGCAUUUUCUGAGGAGUCACCAAUGAAGAAAAAAGAACUGGUGAAAUGCUUGCAACACAAAGAAAGAAAGAAUGGGAGAAACAAGGAGAGCAGCAAAGUCACUACAGCCAGAGGCAAGCAUUCUUGGAGCAGUAAGGACAGGCAUUUGAGGAGGCUGGAGAGCAACGAGCGGGAGAGGCAGAGGAUGCACAAGCUCAACAAUGCCUUCCAGGCUUUGCGAGAGGUGAUCCCUCAUGUGAGAGCUGAGAAUAAACUUUCCAAAAUAGAGACUCUCACAUUGGCCAAAAACUACAUCAAAUCCUUGACCUCCAUUAUACUCAGUAUGUCCAAUGGACGCUUCCCAGCAGCCGAAGGGAUGGAGGGAGCCUGGGGGGCCAAAUUAUACCAGCAAUGUCAACAGCAGCAUGGGGAUGAUGGAAAUGAGGAACGUCUAUAA